CUUUUUGUACGUUUUGACAUAAGUUCGCUCGAGCUUGUGUCUCAGGUGUUUACUCUGCCGGAAAGAAGUAUCCCCAUGGCUUCCGCGCGGCGCCGCUUAUAUUUUCCAAGACAGCGAUAUGAGAACGGCGACUUGGGAAUUGAGUUGUAAGGUAAAAUUACGUGUAAGUGAGAAACAUUGUUAGCUUUCAAAGCACGUAGCACGUUCGUUCGAAGCUUCGAGAAGACCCGGUGCGCGCUGUAUUUGCAUAUGCAUCGAGGCGCGACGGUAGAAAACGUAUCAUCCCCUAUCCGGCGAAUCUCUUGAGUUUAUUCUCGAUUGCCGUGUGAAAGCCACGCGACGUGUCUUUCAUCCGUGCGAAUCAAUCUUUUCCUUCCAAUUUCCCUGAGUGAAGUCUCCCCGACGAAGACGAAUUCGCGAAAGCGAUGUUAAAUAUAUCGCGACGUGCUUCGGAAAUCAGAAAGAGCGACGAACGGAGAUGAAUAAGGGCGCGAAAGAGGGCCGCCCAAACCAUGAUUGCGGCGCGCCAUCUUCAGUCCCAUUUGUCGAUACAUAAAACUGCUCGAUCGCGUCGACACGCGGAGAAUAGCCGGCGCCUCUCGGCUGGCGAAAAUCUCAGCGAAAAUGUUCAAGAAGCCCGAGAGCCGAGCGACUUCGCUCGGCUCACACCUGGUGGCGAUCAGUACCGUUUCAUCGGGACGAGAUGAGAGUCACUGGCUACUACCUGGCUAGGAGAACGGAGAGUGUCCUCGUAAAAGCGAGAGAGAGGCCUGUAUCGACUUGAAGGGGAUAGCUGAGGACGGAGGUAGGCGGCGUUUAAAGAAGGACACCCGAUAUAGGAGGCAUUGUACUCGGCCGAGCAGCGCGUCAGGCUGAGUUCCAGGUGCUGGAGGGCAGUAGAGGCCGACUCGCCGCAAGUCGGGCACACACGUCGCUUGCACUUCCUCUUCGGAGCAGUUGGUGCGUGCCAUCCUGCGAGCGCCGGUGAAGCCGCGGCCAAAUCGUGCGAGAGACCGAUCCUCUCUCUUUCUCCUCUGCAUUCGUUCGAGCUCCUGCUGGAGAGCCAACGUGGGAGGCGAGAAGAGGAGAGUGCGAGUGACUGACAAAGAGGCUGUAUAAGAGAGACAGAAAGGGAAUGAGUGAGUGAGCGGGAGGGAGGGGGAGAGAGAGAGCGAGAGAGAGAGAAACGGAGACGGAGUGGACGACUUCCUCCCAGUGGGUACUCUCGCGUGUCAUCAUCCGCGCAGUGUCAUAAACACCGCAGUGUGGCUCGUCACUGGGUCGACCCAGUCGCGAAGUCAUCGUGGAUCCGCUCUCGGCCUCGGGGAUACUGAAGCGGCCCUCCAGAAGCGGCAGAACGAGAGCGCCACGGGAAACCUGUUCGAUGCUCCGAUCCUGGUCGACGCGGGAGGAUACGUCUCGCCGCGAUAUUAGCCAGACACAAAAGGGCGCCCGGGCCGGCGGGAAAUACACGGGAAAGCUCGAGCCCGAGAGCGCUGAUCCCUCGAGGGAUCUUCGUCACGCCGAGCAACACGCGAUCAUCUUCGCUGCAUGCCUGUAACGAGCAUAGCAAAAUAAGGACAAAAGUUCGAAGAAGGACCGUCGGGGCGAACAGUGCCGCGCUCUCUAUGAGGGCUCGGGGUUCUAUAAAAAUUCAGCUGGAGCGCAUCGAGAAGCACGACGAGAAUCCUGAGGGGGGCACCAGCCGUGAAAGGAGAAAAAGGAAGAGAAGGCGCGUGGAAGAGCGAAACGCCAGAAGGGACUGGCCGGUGAAUAAUCCUCGAGGCAUUUGCGAUUCUGCGUCCGAGGAAAACUCAAGAACCAAUUAGGCUGAUCGCCCCCCCCUCGCAAGCUUGAACUCUUUCACGAGAAGCCUGUGUGGAAUUAUCACGAGAGGGAUUCCGCUAACUGUAAUCCUCGAGGAUCCGUAAAUCUCCGCUUUGGAAAAUAUUGCGGGGCGAAUCGCUUUGAGAAAGUCCACGGGAGACAACGUCAUCUUGAACGUCCCGAGAGCGCGAUGUGCAAAAUCGAUGUUCGAUAAGUCUCGAAUGGAUCCGGGCGCGAAGGCACUCUGGGAACGUUUCCGCGGGAAAGCCCAUCGCGUCGACUGGGUGCGCCCAGUGAACACAACGGUUGGCUACUUGGUCGAAGUAACUGGUUUGAAUUUAGGGAUCCAGUAGUAAGAACCAAUUACCGCCGACAGCUCAUUCACUGAUCGCUUUGUCUCGCUGAAUGCAACGAAUGACAGCUUGAGCGAGACUUCGGCGGACGUUCAACCGGUGUCACGUACAUUCCCGCACGACGAACGAUUCCGGAAGACAAAGAAGAAACGGGGAACCGAGCUUUGUCCCUUGACCGAUCGUUCACACUGGUACUCGUCGCGCGUUUUCUUCCCGCAGCGUCGUCGUCGUCGUCGUCGUCGUCGUCGCCGUGGGGAAAGCGGAACGAGCGCGCGGAGAGCGACAAACCGCCACGGACCGUCUCAUUGACUCGAUAGAGCGGCAUACACAACACACAACACUGGCGACAACACACGCGAGAAGGUCGAGUCGCUGGCAACACAUCGCGAGAGGCGACUGUUUCUAUCAACUGAGCUCGCGACAUUUGUGAACCGACGAUUGUGAACGCGCGUUGACAGUCACAGACGCAAUCCACUGUGUAUGUACGCGUGCUGUGUAUGUAGGCGAUCAUAUGUGUAGGUGUGUGUGUGACACGGUGAUAACAAUUGCUGGUCACAGAGUGUCGAUUGAACGGCUACGUCCAGUGUCGCGAAUCCAGCUUUUCAAUUUCACCCCGACCACGUGCAUCCGGGAAGAGUCACGUGCGCGUCGCCGUGCCAGGGAUGACGAGCUUCUGCACGUGAGCAAAGUGCGUCGCGACGCCCUACUGAGGAUAUAAAUGGUCCCGCGCACAGGACACGCGCGCCUCGCUGAAGUAGCUUCGAUUUCACGAACAAGGGAGAACGCGAGUCACCAUGGAGCCGGUGAAAGCGAAAAUGGCUCCCGCAGGAGCGCCCCCGUCGAACGGAGUUCUGCCACCGCCUAUAGGCUCCGUCAUGGCCGGAUCGUCGUUGGCCAGCUAUAAAAGAACCUGGUGGAAAGGAUUGGCCCCCUGCUUGGCCUUCCUCGGAGCCUUCUCCAUCGCCAUGGCUCUGCUCCUCGUUUGGAGCGAGGCUGCGGCACUGAGGAGGCAGGCGUUUGAUGCGAACAUGACCAGGGACUACGUGCUCGACAGUGUCUCGAUGGACAAUCCGCAAUUGGUCGCUUACAUACGGCAGGUGCAGCUGAAAAGCACGACGCACCAGGACCCGCUGAACGCCACCCAGACGUCGGAGGAGAAGUACGUGGCCACUUUGUCGCAGAGCAAGCGCGAGGGCGUCUAUGCGGAGUACAUCAGCAGGAUAGGCGCGAUCUCCAGCACCGCUUGGCUGGAGGCCAACCUAAGCUGGCGCGGUGUCCUGAUACUCACCGAGCCUAAGAGCUUCUUCGAGGCGCAACGGAGUACCAGGAACCCGCGGACCAGGGUCCUUCACGCAUGUCUUAGCACGGACAAGGAUACCAAAGAGAUCAAAUAUCACCAAGAGUCGGAGGUGCAGGUGACGAAAUUGGGUGACGGUCCUAACAGUCUCGUGCCGUCCGACGACAGCUUGCCCACCACCAGACUCAAGUGUUUCCCGCUGUACAGCGUGCUGUUGGCGUACAACGCCACGACGUUGGACUACCUGAGUCUGGACAGCCCCGACGCUCCCGACGGCCAGGUGCUCGACACCAUCCCUUGGGACAUCAUAAGAAUAUCGGUCCUGUCGAUACGCUGGAGCCCUCAUCACAGUGAAACGGAGACAAAGAGCUUCAUCGACAAGAUGACCAGCCGACGAUACAAGCUCGUGCACACGACCGACACUGGGAAGUGGAUUUUCCUCUACAAUACCCUGCUUAAGAUUUGAACCUUGACACUCAGAUGAGCGCGGCGGGCAGACUGUUCUACGUAUGUGUCCCAGGACAACGAAAGGAUGUUAGAAUUUAAGCCAGCCGGGACACACAUCGACGGAAAUCCCGCUCUGCGUCACGCUCUUUUCACUCGUCCCUGAGAGUGUUUUUAUCUGUCGGUCUCCCUUCUCCUACAAGUACUUGACUCGAACGAAACUUUCUAAUCUUCUGUACGAUCUCAUCCGAGGAUAAAUUCGAGAACGACUCGAUUCGCCGCCGCCGAGGAAGCCGAAAACGAUCGAUCGCGCGGAGUGUCUUCCGUCGAAUUUUAGGGACUGUGUCGUUCGUUCUCGUGUCUCGCGUCUCAACACCCCGCAGCUAAGCUGUCGCCCCCGCGAUUUGUGGAGCAACAUUUGCCCGCGCGACGAUCGGGACCGAAUCCCUGAAGACUCGCAGGUCAGGUUCACUCCGUGAACUUUGUCAGGGUCGCCGUCAAGGUCGAUUAACGACCUCGAGUGACAGCUGUUUCGUGCGACUCGAAAGUUUUGACGGCAAGAAAAGUGAUAGCGGUCGUGAGUCCUUUCGCAGCUGUCUGGAAAUGAAAUCUCGCGAGGCUCUCGCAUUUUCGAGAGUGCUUUCCCGCGGUAUUGAAUUGUAGUUUAACAGCUCAGAGACCUCCCAAGACUUUCUGACCUCGGCGACUUUCGCGAUUGCGAAUUACGCAAAACUUAAGGACUCCCCCGAGCCCUUACAUGGGUCUCCUUAUCCGAGAGUUUGUCCUCGGGGAAGAAAAUUGCUCGAAUUACUUAAAUUCCUCAGGGGUAAAUCUACGAUCUCGGAUCGAACUUCCCCUCCCCCUCUCUCCCGCCGUCAACGAGCUCACAGACCGACGAACUGGCGUUCUCGCUUGGUAGUCUCGCACAGUCAAUAUCGGGAUUCGCCGCGAUUCUUCCCGUCGACGUGGAGCAAAGUACACACACCACCGACAUUGCAAUCGAUGAUCGUUGUGCACACGUGCGCGCGCGCUCGUAUAUUUUGUCGCAGUCAUCAUGUUGUGGAAAACGCGUGGGAGUGUUUUCAUAAAUCCGCGAGACCUCGAGUCCGCUUCAGGUACGCCACGACUUUUCGUGUUUACUCGUUUCUCGCGGUGUGAUUUGAGCGUAUAUAUAUUUUUUUUCACUGAGGUUGGAAGCGCGCAUCGAAUAAUCUCAGUUGCGAGCACCUGUUUACUUUUAUUUGAUAGGUCAAAAUGUAGUAAAAUUCUCGACGUCGAAGAGAGAAAAUAUAUUGUCACUUCGACUUCCGCCAUGACAGAUCAGUAAUGGCUCAUAACUGUGACCAUUUGAUGUGUUCCUAAAUUCAUCGAGAAAGAUGUGUUCAAUCGUCUUGCAAACGAGUGCGCAAUGCUUCAAAAUGGUUUGAGCGUUUUUUUUUCCUUUUCAGUAAAUAUUUAUAUUGAUGACUACCUCACCGAUUUCAAUGAUCUUGACAUAUGUUUUCAAGGGCAUGACUUUGAUUAACUCGCAAAGAGUUGUUCUCAUUGUUUAUCAAAAAGUUCUGAACAAAAGAAGUUUCAUAAAUAGAAAUUUCAUAAAUACUUUUCUGACACAGUAUAUAUUAAAUAAUAUUAAAACGGUACAUAGAAGCGGGAGAGAGGGCUUCACUUCUCUUCCUGCACCUCCAUUCCGAAAAAACUUAGCCCAACUCAAAUUGUACAUUUUUGUGUAUAAUCAGGCGUUGUUGAAGAGGUUCCCUUAAAACCCAAAACGCCCAAUCAUAUGCAAAGACGUAUAAAUCAAGUUAGAUUAAGUUGAGCUAAGGGUUUCUUCUUUCUUUUUAAUGGGCACGAAAAAAUAUUCAUGAAACGUGCCUUUUUCGUUCUCUUUUCAAGAAACUUUUUUUUAUCGAUAACUUUCUAAUAAACAAUGAGCGACGGCUAAAACUUUUUAUACCCUAAUCAGAAUCAUGUCCUUGACAGCAUAGUCAAGGUCAUUGAAAUCGAUGAGGUCGUCACUGAUAUUAAUAUUUACCCUUUUUUUACACAGUUUAGAAAGAAGCAAAUGUCCGUUGAGAAAACUUCUGAAAAUUCUUCGAGCUCUCUCAUCGGCUGCGUCCCGAGCUGCAUUCGGAUGAAAGGAAUGUUCAAUUCCUCUUACUUACACUUCACGACGUCGCCUUUGUUUCUUUUUUAGUUAUCGGCAGACUACGCGUAUCCACACGAUUAUUCGCCAAUAAGCCGCGCACAAGAGAGACUUUGAAUUUCCCUUUGCUUGCGAUGCGUGCGAUUAAGACUGAAAUUCCGCAGGAACGCGGGCGAGACUGAAGUCCGAGCUGUCUGCGACCUUUCGACUGCUCGCGCGGCCAGACUUUUGCGACACGAGGUGUUUCGGAAUGACACCGUCAUGUCACGUUACGUUACAUUAUGCUCUGUUCAUAUUUCGCACGUACAUCGUGGUGCACACGUCGUGCGCGUGUCGUCAUGCGGAGAAACUUAAGUGAUUAAGUAGUUGAAGAAGUAGCUGAAGAAGAUCGAUCACGAGUGAUCAAGUAGUUAUCUAAAUGUCCGCGCGGUGACAACAAGAGGAGCACGUUAUAAAUAACGGGCUUCUCACGCGCCGUUACCGCAAGAGAGUGGAAGAGACGCCAGUCUUUGUUAGAUUAAAGAGGUUGUGUGCGACACAUUGUGUUCUCGCGUCUCUAUUCUGACGUACGGUUAACUUCACGUCGCAUUUUAAGUCGAUCUCCGCACACCGAGUGCUACUUCUCGUGUUUCUCAUGCACGUGCAGAGACUGCCCAAUAAUUAAUAACGCGUGCACGCGCGCAUGUGCGUUAUCGUCGUCCUCUGCUUUGAUUUUCGCAUAGCAGUAAUGGCUCGCGAGAGUCGUAGCAUUUUCGCGUGACACUCUCGUCCGAGUUUCAUCUUUGGCUCCCCUCCCUUUCCCUACUGACGACCCGGAGAGCCUGCUCGAGUGGAACGCGCAACGCGCGAUUAGUUUACUCCGUGAGAAGUGAGAAGAUUUUUCCGGAAGCGCAGCGCGGAGGGCGAAAGGAGUAAUGGAUUAAUUCUUUCUGGUGAUUGGGAGCCGAACAACGAGAUUCGAGUCCUCUCUCUCUCUCUCUCUUUUUUUUCCUUUCGAUGAACGAUAGCCGCAUUAUUUUAUGGGUGAGAUUUCCACGUAAAUUACGACUUCACUUUCACGAUGCGAGAAUCUCGCCGGACGAUUGGAUCUCGGAGUUCUCGAGGGCCUUCGUAGACCUCGAGAGAGAAAGGGAGGGGGGUGACCACCGACUCUCCGACUCGAAUUAUCGAGACGCAGAAACGAUAAUUCCGAGAUUCGAGGAGCCGAGUCGCUUAUUAGUGGUGCGAGCGCUCGAAAAUCCAAUUCUGAUAGAUCCAAUUCUGCCGCGCAGCAGAGUCGAGAAAACAUCUGAGAGAUACGCCUCUCCGUGAUCCGCGAUCAUUUUCAGAGGCGUCACACCAAAAAGCGAGUGAGCUGUCACUUCUCGCGUUCGAUAUUUACCAUUUAGCGUAUCUCAACCCAAUCAAACCCAAGGUAAGCCCCCGCAACCCAACCCUCGAGCGUUUUACCAAGGAUGUGUUGACUCGACUUUUUAACAGGCAUUGUGCACGUGCCGGUCGCAUCGUCGCGCAUGCGCCGAUGUUGUCGCAGUGAUAAGCGAGCGAGUUGAUCUUAUUGUUAAUGUGUGUAUUCCACGGUUCCAUGCAUUUAGAGUGACUUAAGAGCGAUCGGCCGAAUUCCGACCGCGUCGAUUCGGAUCGAUGCUCGCGGAAAUAAGCCGUCAACGACUGCGCGCGCGGCCGGCCGCAGCGUUGGACGAAGACGUAAAUAUCGACGGCACACGGGCCUUAUUAGUAUGUAAGACCAUAGACAUAGGCUGCGUUCCGAAAUUCAUCGCAAGUACUGAAAAUACAUAGUUUAUGUCACGUAUACCAUAGAAUUUCAGUGCUGGCAGUAAAUAUCGGAACGCAGUCAUAGCAUACCUAGACUGUGCGUUCUCCCAAGUUCCAAGGGUGGGGGUAGAGCUCACUAGAAAAGAAUGCACUCUAUUUUGUCUGUGCGUUUUCUCUCGCACACUCUCGAUGAAAGGGAAAUAGGGGAGGCAAUUGUUAACCUGUACAACAGUAUAGUGGCUGUAUCUACCUCGGAUAGGCCGAAGGUUGAAAGCACAAUGACCUGGGUUGAUCAUUAUAUAAAAAAGAAAAAUAAAAAAAACAGCGGCUAUACUGUCGUACAGGUUAGCAACUGCCUCCUCCAUUCCCUUUCUAUCGAGAGUGUGCGAGAAAGAACGUAUAGACAAAACAGAGUGUAUCUUUUUCUACGUGAGCUAUCUACCCCUACUCCUCGAACAUGCACUCUAGGUAUACUAUGGCUCAUAUUCUGAACUCUCUUUUAUCGUUAAAAGUGAUUAUAAAAGUGGCUUAUAAACCUCCUAAUUGGCUAUAAGCCACUUUUAGAGUCACUUUUAGUGAUGAAAGAGAAUUCAAAAUAUGGGCCUAAGUCUAUGUGUAAGACGAUUCUUUUCAAAUAUCCCACGCACGUGUCGACGAGCGAGCCCACAUGAUCCCCGCAAAUGGUUCUCGCUCGCUUGCGUUCAGCUCGACUCGCGGAUCGACGAAAUAGCAGUAGGGUGAAUACAAUUCUGCUUUCUCUCUUUCUCUUUCUCUCAUGUAAACAUCGAUCAAUCCUCAUUUCCGGGGCCGAUCAUGAGUCUCCUUCUCUAACGUGAACUCGGGAAGAGUGAACAUUUUCUGACUCAGAAGCAUUUUUUGGAAAUGUUCACUUUUUACGAGUUCGCACUGGAGGCGAAAAUUCAUGAUUGUUUCCGUGCUUUUCUCUUUGCGGUCUUCUUUGAUUCCUCCGAUGAGAUUUCGGCUGGCCAAGUUACUUUUUGCAACAGGCGUUCGCAGUUGUCGCGAAUCACCUAAUUCUUCCGGAGACUCUUUCGCGCAAUUUCGAGGAGGACAGUUUUAUACUUCGUACCGCGCCAUCUAUUCCCCUCCGGCGGAAACGUAUUAUUUUCACGUCACAUAGACUUCAGCUACGCGAUAACCGCGGGCGAGAUGCGAGAACCGUUUGUGUUUUCGUGGCGCGCGUUUAACGCCUAGUGAAACUCGACGACCCGUGCUUGAUUCGAGUUGAAAAUGCACAUAAUCGGAUAAUCGAGAGCGCCAUGGCCGUCAUCCAAGGCGUUAAACGCACGCCGCUGUGAUAGCGGGUUCUUCUUACUUGGGAUCCCGAGCCGACGCACUGUCGCGAUUCUAUACGAUUUCUUAGGAGAGCACAGCGUUAGAUACUUAAUGACUUUCCGAUUCUCAUCCGAUUCCGAUCAAUCAUCAUCAUCUCGUCGCGACGAACCGAAACCGUGCCGUUUUCACUCAUCGAGUCACGCUCGUGGCGCUUCGACCUAUCGUGAGGUGUGAUAUUCGCGAUGCGAGAAUAAAUCUUUCCUGUUUUUUCGUUUUUAUCUUCCCACUGUGUGGAACAAAUUCUCUUCGUGAUAUUGACCAUUAGCAAGUCGACCCGGUCGCCAUGGAGUUUAGUUUCGCGCCGCUCGAGGAUCGAAGGGUUCGGAAAUGUUGAAAGUGAUUGGCGGAUUCGCGAAAUCCGCAAAUUCAACAUUUUGUGAUGGACGCGCAUGCGUCGAUUAUUACUCGAUUAUCGAAUUACGGACUCGCGUGAGCCGAAGCGCACGACUCUCAACGCGACCUCCUCUCCGUGAGCUCUUAGUUACUUGUAAGAAUAAUCCACUUGCCUUAUCGCUUCUCGAGAAUCAUUCCAUAAUUAUUAUCGACACGCAUAACAUUUUUUUCUCUCAAUCCUCCAGUGCCUACACACGGCAUUGACUUCGUUGUAGUGCCUCUAUGCGUUCUUCGAGAGAGAUGCGUUUUCCAUUUUUGUUUAUUUUUUCUUUUUUUUUUUACGACACGUAUUGUAAGUCACAUAGGUUUGACGUUUCAGAUAAGGUUGCGCUUUCCUUUCGACAGCAAUAAAUUUGGAUAUUAUAUUUUGAA